UGCUGCGUUUGACAUUUGGAUUUUGUGACUUUUUCGGCUUUUAAGAAAAAAAUAAAAGAUCUGAAAGUGAAGAAGAAGACCAAAUAGAAGUUCUUUAUAUUUUUUAUACUCAUCAAAACCGCAGCGUGAUUUUAUUUAUUCUUCAUUGAGAGCGCUAAGCGUUCGAUGUAAAAGUAAGCGGUUUUAGCUGACGUGCAAACGAAAUUACGAUCCGUAUAGGAUUUCGGCAUAAAAGCGUGCAGUUAAUUACCGAAUUGUUUGCCUGUGGAAGUGACCCUGAGUGCGAACUGUGUGGUAUAGUUGAAUACGUGCAGUGUGAAGUGCCGCCGCGUAGACGUUGAAGAAUUUGUCGGUGUUGAAAUAGUCAAGACAAGGUCGAACCGCUUGAUAGCGUACCAAAUCUAAUCAACAGAAAUUGUUAUAUCUUACAUCUGCGUUAAAAGCAUAAAUUAAUCGAAAUGGAUGUGUUUCUUAUGAUUCGAAGACAUAAAACAACAAUUUUCACAGAUGCAAAAGAGAAUACAAGCGUCGCGGAACUGAAGCGUAUGAUUGAAGGCAUCUUAAAGGUGCGUCCGCAUGAUCAGAAGCUAUACAAUCAGGACAAUGAGGUGAUGGAGGACGAGAACACCUUGCAAGAUUAUGGCAUACAGAUGUCAACGGCCAAGGCGCAAGCUCCGGCACAGUUAGGACUAGCAUUAAGAGAUGAGCAUGGUGAAUUCGAGCCGCUCGAGAUAACGCCAUAUUCAUCCCCACCAGAUCUACCUGAAGUUAUGAAGAAUCAAGAGGCAGCUAACGGUCAAGAGCAGGUUGCAUAAAAUAACUUAGAACAUGGAAGUAUCUAACACAACCACAACAACAACAGCAACAAAAACGAUGUAGAAAAACAGACCGGUCUUAAUUGAUACUACAUACAUACAUAAUGGCACGCAGGAAAUGCUUAUUUUUAAAAACAUCAAUUAAAUUUAUAAAAAAAAUCUUAUUUUCAACUUCAGCAUUAAGUAAAUAAUUUUGUUAAAUGCUUUCUUAAACAAAAAACACAAGCGCCUUGCUCUUGUUAAACACUAUCAAGUUAAUUAAUUUGUAGACAUGUGACCAUGAAGCAAGGCAACAAAACUUCCCAAACUUUAAUUAUUGUAAUUUUUUUGGAACUUAUUAAUAUUAUUUUUAUUACUACAUUCUAAAUGCAACAAUUUUGGUCGAGAUAUAUUUGUUAACUAAUUAAUUUAAAUUCUUGAAUGAAGAUAUGCAAAUGAAUUUAUAAUUUAAAAUUAUGAUUCUUACCUUUGAUAACGUAUAUUUGUGUCAAACAAAUUUAAACAUUGUUUACGUUAUGAAAAAAAUUUGAUCAUUGUUUCCUUUACUUACAUAAUUUAUAAAUUGUUAAAAGUUAAAAAAGUAAGUUCACUCUUAACAUAUUAUUAAAGAAAAAAAAAAACCAAAACUUUAUUUAAUGCUAUUAGUAAACGGCUCAAAUUCGCGUGAAAUAAACAAUUAAAUUGAGAGGCAAACUACGAAAAAAAAUUAUGUAAUAUAAAAAUUAUACAAAUUUCGCAGACAUCUCUAAUAUAUAAACAAAACAAGCAUUCUGACACUAAAUUACAUUUCAUAUGCACACAUAGUUACACAUCUUAGCACUCUUUUUGCAAUAAUUUAACGAAACCUAAUGUUUAGAAAACAAAAA